AUGUCCGAUCCCGUCAGGAUGCCAGAGCCCGGCGCACACUGCCAGACCAAAGAGCUCGCCGCGAGUAAUGUUGCCGAGAACCUCACCUCGCCUACCAUUCCUACCUCCGACGCAGAUGACGUCCGCAAACCUACCAAAUUCUCAUGGCCUCACAAGAUACACAUCGUCCUCGCCGGAAUCACAUGCACCUUCAACACCAACUUGGGAUCCUCAAUGCCGUCGGGUGCCCUUGUGGCCAUAGCCAAGCAAUUCUCCAUCACAAACAGCCUCCAUUUCGUGCUAUUAAACUCCAUUUACAUGUCCGGCUAUGUACUCGGGCCGCUCCUCUUCGGCCCAAUGAGCGAGUACCUUGGCCGUCGGCCCGUCCUCAUCAGCACAUUUGUCGGAUAUCUCAUCUUCAUGGCAGCCUGCUCGGUGGCUCCCUCGUACACGGCGCUGGUCAUCUUCCGACUUCUAUGCGGCAUCUGCGCCUCCGCCCCCCACAGCGUCAUUGGCGGCCUCUACUCGGAUAUUUUCGACAACCCUUCCCAUCGGGGCACCGCCAUGUCGCUUUACAUGUCGGCGACCAACGUGGGUCCGCUGAUGGGGCCUCUGAUAUCCGGGUUUUCGUCGCAGAUCUCGUGGCGCUGGCCGUUUUUGUUGGCCGUUUUUAUCGCGCUCCCCGGGCUGCCGCUGGUGCUUUUGAUGCCCGAGACAUUUGCGCCGGUUCUGUACAGGAGAGCGGUUCGAAAGGACAGGCGAGAAGGGGGGGUGGCAAGUACUGCGGAUGUUGCUUUGAAUGACCGUGUUUUGGAUCCUCGCAAGGUUUUCGUCCGUCCCGCCAAGCUCAUCACCACGGAGCCGAUUCUUCUCUUUACUGCCUUGUAUAUUGCCCUUGCGUAUGCUAUCAUGUAUCUCACAUUUCAGGCGUAUCCCAUCAUCUACCAAGAUCACUAUGGCCUCUCUCCCGGUGUUGCUGGACUAGCAUACCUGCCGAUCUUGGUUGGCGUCUUUAUCGCUUUCCUUCUUGGCUUGGCCUAUACUUGGUGGCAUGAUAAGGCUUGUGCUGCUGGCAAACAGUGGACUCAACGAGAGGUAUAUCGGCGGCUUCCUAUAGCGUGUUUUGCGGCACCAUGGCUUGUAAUUUCCUCGUUUUGGGUCGGGUGGACUGCCUGGCCCGGCUCAAUAGCCCCAAUUGUCCCGAUGAUUGGCGGCCUUUUCUUUGGUCUAGGUUCCCAGUUGCUCUACAUCGCCAUGAUCAACUACAUUACAGACAUUUACCGUGACAGAUCCGCGUCCGCACAUGCCGCUGCCAGUGUGACUCGGUCAAUUGGAGCUGUGCUUCUCCCCUUGGCUGCUAGGCCAAUGUACAGAGACCUGGGGAUUCAUUGGGCCCCAUCGUUGUUGGGAUUCUUGUCCUUGUUUAUGGGCAUUAUUCCAUUUGCUCUUAUCCGCUACGGUGAUAAGUUGGUUCAAAAAAGCAGAGCCAAGCAAUAG